AUGGUGGAGAAGAAGGAUGACCCAGAGGAGGUCGAGUUUGAUGAUGACUUCGAUGAUUAUGAGGAUCUGGGAUGGUCAUUCAACUACUUUUUUGUUUGCAUCCUUUUGCCCACGUUCAAUGGCCUGAUUAAUGGCUAUUCGUGGUCUGGCCUUUCUCUUCAUUAUGUAGAGAUGGGUUGGCCCUUAACAAACGUUGGCUGGCCGUGCAUGAUUGGCUUUGCCUUGCGCCUUGUUUUUCAGCAAGUCCAGAUGCGAGCAGGCUUUUGGGUCUCCGUGCCUUUAGCAAUCUUUCACCUGGGCACUGCGAUCGUGGGCAUGAUCUACACCACAGAGGAGUGGGCUGUGGCCUUGGAGAUAGCGGUCAUGCAAGCGUUGGACCCUAGUAUCACUGUCGAAGGCAUCGCAUUUGAUGUCUUUGGGCUGUCCGAAGAGCAGGCACGGCAAGCGUCCUCCACAGUGCUGGCGGUCUUUACCAUUGCGAUUGCCAGCGCGGUGACCAUCGGAGGUAUCAUCUAUGAUGGUUUCGGGUGGAAAGGCAUGUCGGUCUUCCACGUGAUCUGUCAGUCGGGGAUGUUGCUCCUAUUUGCAACCCAACCGGUGGUGUGGCGGUCCUUCAGGGAGUUCUUUUUCAAAGCGCGUUCCAAGGACGAAGAGGAAAGUCACACGGAGGCAGCCCUUCCAGUUGUUCCAACGGAGCCGUCUGGAUCUACGCAAGAUGAUUUGCAGCUUGAGGAUAUCGACGAGUAUGAUCUGCCAGGAGCAGUGAAGAAUGAGGCCCUAGUCCAGUUUUACAAUCCGAAACGCAGAAAGAUUAGCUCCAACAGAGGAACCAAGGCCUCAGUGGUAGUAGUAGGCAGAAAGAGCCAAGACUCACAGGGAAGCAGCCAUGACUCUAGUGGAAGCCGCCCAAGAGCCAAGACCGAAGACUCAGUAGGCAGUGCCAGAAAGAGCCAUGACUCUGGUGAAAGCAGUGGCAGAAAGACACAAGACUCACAGGGAAGCCAUGGAAGAAGGACUUUGGACGCACAGGGAAGCCAUGGCGAAGGAACCCGUGCAUCCCGUGCAUCCAUUGCCACCAGAAGGACUCAGAUGACCAUGGGGACUCGUGUGACCGGCAUGACACGUGGCACAGUGCUCACCGGGAAGUCAGCCCGUACCAUCCGCACAGCCUUGACUGCUCGCUCUCAGAUGACCCGGGGGACCAGCAAGACACAGGGGACCGUCCUGUCGCGCAUGACCGCGUUGACCAGUUUUAAGGACUCGGACGACUUCCAAUAUCACUUUGGCGCCCACAGCGCUCUACGCCCUGCCAUUGCCCGACGGGCCGGAGGGCCAGCCGAAGUUGAGGAAGAUGACAAUGUGGAGGAUGAGCCCAAACCCAAAGGCAUUCCCAAGGAUAUCCGAACGCCUUCAUUCUUGAUCGUGCUUUGCUGCUUCAACAACACCGCUGUGUACGUCCUCGAGUUCGCGACCUUCGCCAUUUUCUUUAAGGAGUUUCACGGGUGGGAGGCUGCGACUUGGGCGAGCCUGGCGCAGACCAGCGGAGAUUUGGUGGCAGCGGUCAUGAUGAAGGUCUUGAGGAACAACGUGGACGAGGCCGAGAAUGUGGGCUGGCUGCGCCGCAUCACAAUGCAACCAUACAAUCUAGCCUGCCUCCUGUUCUGCUGGACGCUCUGCAAUUUGGGCAUGAUCAGCCCUUUGUUGCCUGUUGCGGUCACGGCGCAGAUCAUCAUGGGCACGGUUUUUGUCUACACCAUGAAGAUGAGCACAGACCUAAACCUCUUCUACUCCAUGGGGGAUACUGCCGUCUUCCUGAAGCUUCAGGUCAAUUGCAAGAAUGCCGAAGCAAUUGGCGGUUGCAUCUUCAGCUUUCUGGGCCCAUUUCUCUUCGAGCAUGUGAGUGCCUUUUUCCCCUUCAUGGUCUCGACGUUUUUGUCCGCAUUGAUUUUCAUCGUUUUCUCUGCAGGCUUCUGCCAACGCCUGGGCUGCGAGGAGAUUGAAUCCGCGGAGUCGAAACGCAGUCGGCGGUUGGGGCUGAGGCGGGUGAGCCACUGGAGCGUGGUGAGCCGGAAGAACACUGUGGUGCUUCCCAACGAGCAGGAUGAUGCUGAGGAGGAAGACGACUCCUAA